UAAAAACUGCGAACAAUUUUCAUCUUCUUUUCACUUUAAUGUUAUUUUCUUGAAGACUUCGCUUCCUCAUUUAGUCCUCUUGGUUUUGCAUCCUCAUCACCAUCGAGUGUUAACUUUGUUUGUUAAUAGACGAAAGAAACAAAGUUCUGAAUAUUAUUCAGAAUCUUUUUAGUAUCUGAGGUUCGAUAAGUGUUCAAAGUGCUUUCGAUCCUUUUUUAUUCUUGUCCUCCUCUCAAUCGUCAUAAUAUCGUGAAAAAUUUUCUAUUUCAAAUUUGGAAGACAUUCAGUAUCAUCUUCACUUUCUUCUUCUUCAUCUUCAUCAUCAUCAUACUUUUCUUCAUCUUGAGACAAAACUUUCUUCAUUUUCAACCUUCCAACAUCAAGUGAUUUCCAUCCCAUUGGAUUCAGUGUUUCAAACUUUUAAUUCCGAGACUUAAUUGUGUGCCAAUCAUUUAAUAAAAAACGUUAGAAACAAAAACUUUCAUUUCAUCAACGUUCAAAUCAAUUCCUGAUCGUUUGGAUGAUUAACUAAUUGUUGCUAUUUAUUUGGAGAAAAACUUUUCAACGGAUUAACAAUUUUUCAUUUUCAAAUUCAACUGUUUACAUCUUAUGGAUAAUGAAUUUCUUGAAACUCAUAUCUAGAUUAAUUACCUUCCUUUUGGUGUUAAACUUCAUCAACUGUGAUUCAAAACAUGUAAUAGUCAAGCGCCGUGCCAGAGUAAAUGUUCAAGCACCCGAGUGGUGGAAUGAGUGGUGGGGCAAAUACAUUCGAGAUGCGAUCGAUCCAACGGUCAGGCCACUUUUACCCGCUUCCAAUAGUUUAGAUUAUGAUGUUCAAAGACCUGAAACUGAUGAAGAGUUCAGACAAUCACAAGGCCCUUCAACUCGUCGACCAUCAUUACCUGGACCCAGGCCACCAUUUUCUCAAGUAACUGACCAACAAGGCUCAGGUCAAGUUGAUGAUUCUCGUUUCCGUGAGCCAUCACAACCUCUCCAACCUCUUCCAUCACCUCCACCCUCACCACCUCGUCGUCCAACUCCACAGAGGCCACAACAACAACAACAACCUGGUCCAGUAGUUUUUCCAAGACCAGAUGACCAGGUCACAACUUUCAGUCCUCUUCCCGCUUUCCAAGAGCCAGAAACACCCGCGCCAAGACCACAAUCUCCUUCCCCUCCUAGACCAAGACCUUUUCCACCACCAAGUAGACCAAUUGUUAAUUUCCGUCCUCAACCACAGCCCCAACCACGACCUCAACCCCAACCUCGGCCUCAAUUCCAACCAAAACCACAACCUCAAUUCCCACAACAGCCACAACCACAAGUGCCAACUUUAAGACCAAUUAAUCAAAAUGAAUUGCGUCCAUCUCAACCUUCCCCACUUCCUCCACCAUCUUCCUCAUUCGUAAGGCCAUCAGAUCGUCCAAGACCAACUCCUCCCCGACCUACACAAGGCCAAGAUUUCCGUCCAGCUCCAACACCUGGUCAACAGCUUCGUCCAGUCUCUCAAAUCGACGCUUCCAGUGUUAAAGGAGGCCCACGACCUCGACCCACACCAUCUCGAUUUGUUCAACCAGGAACCAGUCCAAGACCCACUUUCUCCCCAGUUCCAACCUUUGCUCAAACACCAAGCCCAUUUAGACCUCAACCCGUCUCACCCUCAGCACCUCUUCCCUCUCCUCCUCCAAGACAACCAACUCCAUUGAGACCUCUUCCAGUACCAGGUUUUGAAGCUCGGCCCCCGUCACCUCGGUUACCUGUUCCCGCUCAGCCCAAUCCAUCGACUGCAGACAUUGAACCAGAAAUUGAUUCAGAAGAGCCAGAAUUGGAAGUCGUAGAGCCAACAGCUAGUCCAACUCUUCGUCCUUUCCCAGCACCAAGACCAAUUCCUCAAGCCCCUCAACCCGCUCAACCUCGACCUGUCCCCUCAUUCAGACCAGUUCCCCAACAGCCAAGACCAACCGCUCCUCCUCCAGUAAAAGGAAGACCAGUAUUCGUUGAAAACGAUCGAAACAAUGUUCAACAACCAACUUUCCGUCCAACUGUACGACCUGCAAUAACAACAACCGUUGGUCCAACCCAAACUUUCCGACCUCGACCCGAUGUUACUCUUGGUCCUCGCCCUGCAGUUACUUUCGCCCCAAGACCAGCAGUUACUUUCGCUCCUCGACCCGCUGUUACAUUUGCCCCACGACCAGUUACCCAAACAUUUGCCCCACGUCCAGUCACUCAAACUUUUGCUCCUCGACCUCAAAUUGUCCAAGAAUCAACAACUCGAGCACCACUUCAACCAAGACCUCAAGUAUUCGAGGAACGGCCAGCUCCAUUUAGACAGCCAACCGAACGACCAGCAACUAAAGGCGGUAGAAGACCACAACAACCUUUAGGUCCCGUUUUCCAACCACGACCCAUCCAAACCACACAAUCACCUACAUUCCGAGAUGUGUCCACUCUUAGACCUUUUCCCACUCCAGCGAAACCAGUUGAUGAUAUUUUCGACACCGAGGAGCCAGAAGAGGUCACAGACCAAGAAGAACCAAUCACUUCCUCUCCAGCACCAACCAGGCCAACUUUACCACCACGAAGGCCACAACCAACAUUAGCACCAAGACCAACUUUCCCACAAAGACCCGCACCAAGACCUGCACCGACACGAGCACCAAAAGCUGAAGAUACUGAAGACGAUCAACAAGUUGAUCAAGAACAAUCGAUAACAACAUCCCGUCCAGUGGCCAUUCCAAGUCGUCCUUCUGUUCCUUUGAGGCCAACACCAUCUCCAGCUCGACCUUUCUUCCAGCCCACUUUCAGACCAUCAACAGUAAUCACAACAACAACAACAACCACGACAACCCAAAGUCCAAUUGAACCUGAGCAAGAUGAGGAGCAGCCCGAACAACCUGAACAACCUGAACAACCUCAGUCAACUUUUGGCCAACGAAUUCCCCGACCUAGACCAGUAUCGAAUCCAACAACAACCACAACACCAGCACAACGACAACCUGACGGAGUUAAAUUGCCACCCACUAGAAAUCCUCGUCCUCAACCAGACAGUCAAAUCAGAGAACAAGUUCCGUUCCGACCUCGUCCAAUCCCGACAACUACUCAGCCAUCAGUCACUGUUACUCAACAAGAAGAUGAGAACGAACCGGAAGAGGAAACAAGGGCACCAUUCCAACCUCAACAACCCCAAACACCAAGUCCAUUCCGUCCUCAGCAGCCCACUCAAGGUCCGGUUACUUUACGACCACAGCGACCAAUUGAAAUUGUAACAACUCAAAGGCCACCAAUCAAAACACCAGUUCGUCCAACUCCAGGUCAAACAGUAAGACCUUUCCAACCAGCAACUUUCCGACCCCGACCAGUGUUUACAACAACAUUGGCACCAACAACAACUAUUCGUCCAGUUAUAAGUACAUCUCAAACUUUUGAUGAAGAUUAUGAAGAUACUCAAGCACCCGUUGAACCAAGUCAACGACCAGUACAAGAAGUUGUCACAACUCGACCUCGGCCACAGCAACCAGGUUUCACUAAUCCCCCACGGCCAUCAACGCAAACUUUUACACCAACAACAUUGCGACCAUCAUUAGUACCCCAAGUACCAAUCAGAGUAACAACAGAACGACCUGAAACAAUUGCCCCGAUUGAUCAAUCAUCGGUUGAUUAUGAUGAUGGUUCAAAUGAACAAGAAUUCACUGCACCAGAUUUUCAACCUACUCGACGUCCAUCAUCAGGUUCAAGUGAGCCAGAUACUCAAAUAAUUACAAGGCCAGAAACACCUCGACCUCAGCCACAACCACAGCCACAACCACAACCUCGACCCCAACCUCAACCCCAACAACCAUUACAACCACAGUUGCCUCAACCCACUCGACCUCAACUUCCCGUGCCAAGUCGUCCCCAACAACCACGAGAUGAGCCUGAACCUCGACCAAGGCCACAACUUCCCGCUCUUCCAAGUACACGACGACCAACAGGUCCACGAGUUCCCAGUGGCAAACGACCAACUGGUAAAACACCAAACACAAAUGCAGCAAUAGUUUACAAUCCACCUCUUGGACCAGCGAUUAGUAUCGAUAGACCUGAUCGACCACUUCCAGAUGGUUCGAUGCCCGAAUGUACAUUAUUAGGAACCAAUUAUUGUAUUUUAACAAAAGAUUAUCCCAUGGAUGGAAUUAAUGAAGUAGUUAACCGAAGUUAUUCCAGAAUAAAACUUAUGUACGAAGAAUUACAAACAGUUGGUGAUCCUGAUCUAUUUAAAAGUCAUGUCGGCGAUUCUCUUGCCGCUAAAGGUCAAUUUGCUUGUGAAGUUGAGGCCAAUACAAUGAAACCCGGUUGGGCCAAGGAUGAGAUCACAAAGGAAUGGAUGAUUAUCGUUAACACUGACCUUUUCCCUCAACAAGUACGAACAGAAAGUUGCAAACGGCCUAAUGAACCUUGUUCCUUUGUUGCUCCUUAUUAUGAGUCCACUUGCCAACAACGAUACAGUUUACAUCGGCUGAUUGCCGUUGAUCCUCACGAUCCAGGUAAAAGUCCGGUUGUCGCUUUGUUCAAAUUCCCGGCUGGUUGUUCGUGUCGUGUUCAUCCGGUACGAAUUUCUCAGGUCGGAGAAAAAUCUUCGAAAUAGAAACUUUUUCAACUUUUUGUUAUUCUAAAGAGAAAAAAAAAUACACAUAUGAUUAAAUCAUCACGAAAACAAAUGAACAAUUAUAAUUAAAUCAAAAAAAAAAGUAAUCAUUUUCAUUUUGUAAAUUAGUUUUGUUGUAAUGCAAUUGAUAAUUAAUUAAAAAAAGCAUCACUUUUUAUGCCUUAAUUUCAAUCACUUAUUGAUGAUAUUGAAAAUAAAGAUUUACCAAAUUGUUUGUAACAUAAAAUUACAAAA